AGUUUUAAAAUUCCAAUAUCUUUACGAUGUGAACACCCUCUUUCCUUUUUCUGAAUUCCGGGCGCUGAUGAGAAUCAUCAGCCUUCCUCCGUAGCCUCCACCUCGUCCCCUCAGAGGCAUGCCCCUGCUCUUUGUACUGGGCUGCAUUUUCUUCCCACUGAGCUUCACUGUCCUCUGCUGGGGCCUGCAGAACCACUCCCACCUGCGGAUGGAGAGACCAGAGGCUGUUUUGGUGGCGUCCAAGCUAGUGUCCUCUGUCCAAGCCGUCAUGGCCUCCACAGCUGGCUACAUCGUCUCCACCUCCUGCAAGCACAUCAUUGAUGACCAACACUGGCUUUCCUCUGCCUACACGCAAUUUGCAGUGCCCUACUUCAUCUAUGACAUCUACGCCAUGUUCCUCUGUCACUGGCACAAGCACCAGGUCAAGGGGCACGGAGGGGACGAAGGGGGGGCCAGAGCCCCAGGCAGCACCUGGGCCGUGGCACGCGGCUACCUGCACAAGGAGUUCCUCAUGGUGCUCCACCACGCCGUCAUGGUGCUCGUAUGCUUCCCGCUGUCGGUGGUGUGGCGUCAGGGCAAGGGAGAUUUCUUUCUAGGCUGCUUGCUGAUGGCUGAGAUCAGCACCCCCUUCGUCUGCCUUGGCAAGAUCCUCAUCCAGUACAAGCGGCAGCACACUCUGCUGCACAAGGUGAACGGGGCCCUGAUGCUGAUCAGCUUUCUCUGCUGCCGGGUGCUGCUCUUCCCCUACCUGUACUGGGCCUACGGGCGGCACGCCGGCCUGCCGCUGCUCGCCGUGCCCCUCGCCAUCCCGGCCCACGUCAACCUGGGCGCCGCGCUGCUGCUGGCCCCCCAGCUCUACUGGUUCUUCCUCAUCUGCCGCGGGGCCUGCCGCCUCUUCAGGCCCCGGGGCUCCCCUCCGCCCUCCCCUUGUCAGACCCAAGACUGAGGGUGGGGCCGGGGGACCCUCCCCAUCCCACCCCUUGGGGACGGGGCUCUGGGGCCGCUGGGCAAGGGGUGGGAGCCAGGGGCCUCUUGCCCUGACAGCCCGGGGACUGACAGAUGGACUCUGAAGGGGCCGAGGGGCGGGACAUCAGCCCUCAGGGGCAGAGGGUCAGGGACCAGGUGAAAAGGAAGGCAGGGAGGGGGAACCUCUUCUCCCAGCAGUGCCUGAGCUGAGGGUAGCAAGCCCCUUCCUGCGCGGCCCCCCUUCUCCCGUCACCAACCCUGGGGCUCUGGGGGGAGCAAAGGACCAGAGGAAGGGGGCAUCACUUCCUAUCCACUGAGGGCUAGAGGGCCGUGGGGAGACUGACUCAAGGGGACCAGGACUCGGAGAAUGUGGGGGAGGCCCUGCUGUCAAGGCCAUCCCAGCCCCCCUGCUGCAGACUCCUCUCGGUUCCCCACCAUCUGGGAGGGAGGGGACACCCUAACUAUCCCCCCCACCCCCACCCCAGGCCUCGCUUGGGGCUAGCUGCCUCCACUGCUCCUCCCUAGGGAAGGCCAGCCUAAGGAAACUUAUUUAUUUUAUUUAUUCGCCCAAAUUCAUACUAGUUUGUAGGGAUGGGGGGAGGGAGGUGGCUGCUACCCCCCAACCUUCCCAGUGCUGAGCAACCCCGGGGGCGGGC